UUUUCGUUGUGGGCUCAAAUCCCAACGGGCAUGGCGCAGGUUCGACCGGCGCAGCCCGUUGGCAAAGGCAGGUACCCUUCGGGCGCAGCCACGACCAUGGAGCAGGCCGCCAAGCUCGCGACCACGGAGCGCGACGUUGCGAUCGAGGAGGCCGCGGCGGCGCUCGUUCAAGUUCAUGCGACCAAGGAGGAGUGUCGUGUCUUGAAAGAGGAGUUGGCAAGGCUUCAGAAAGGCCAACCUGCUGCACCGAACCAGCAGCUGCUCAAUAAACUAUGGUCCGUUGUCCACAAGAUCCACGGCGCAAAUUACUCCAAAGCUCAGCUGUACCAAGUGCUUUUGGACCACCUCGGACCGUCAACACUGGCUGCCAGACCUAUUUCCAGUGUGCGGGAACCCAUGGACGAUGCUUCGAGUCUUGCGACAGACGUCAAGCGCGAAAUGCAAAUGCUCGUUGAACGCAGCGAAGCAUCCAUGGUGGCGGCGCUUGACGCAUCCCAUGCUCAGCUCCACGCCAACCUCCAAGUGCUUUCAACGCAGCUCUCGUCCUGUGGCUCGUGCACCCGGUUCAAGCAGCUCCACGAGUAUCAAUCCGAUCUUUUGACUCAGACAAAAACCAGCUACGAGCUCCAGCUGCAGGCGUUUGAAGAGAAAAUUGGCAUCCUCUUCCAGCAACUCGAGCACGAGCAGCAGACGGCGCGUGCAUCUGACGCGACAUUGUCCGUGCUGAACCAGCUCAAAAGCACCGAGGCCCGCGUGCGCGCGCUCGAAGCUCAGGUGACGACGACGUCGGCGCAGUGGGCGCACCAAGCGCGCGCAUACGAGACGCGCAUCGAGGCGCUGCGCGAUCAAGUACGCGUUUUGGAGCAUCGCUUGGAGCACGAGCAGUCGAUGAAUCUCCAGCUGCACUGGGAGAUGGAGCGCAAGGCGUCGAAAGAGCUGGACGAGCUCACAAAGACCAACACGGAGCUCGGGCAAGAAUUUUACAUUCAAUCGAAGCAAUUGCACGAGCACGAAGCCGAGAUUCGCGAACUCACAAAGACCGUCGAGUGGCUCCAGGAAGCGUGGCAAGGCGAGCGCGCUCAGCGACUGCACUACGAGCAUCAAGCGCACAACGGGACCACCCACGACCCCAUUCCACCUCUGUCGACACUCGAGACCAUCGGGAAGGACGCCACUUCGCAAACACUCGAUCUCGAAAAGGCCGACUUGGCCAUACAAACGGAAGUGGAGCCUUCCGACGUAGUACCAACGACAGCAGCUGCCACACCUCGGGGUGUUGAUGCGGCUGUGCAAUGCAUCCCGCCGAGCACGACGAUCCAAAUAGCAACCAACACGGACGACGCAUUGUUGUUGACAGCGGUGCAGGGACAUGCAGAGUACCAGCACCUUCGCGCCAACUGUGUGCACUUCCAAGAGGACGCUGCGCGGCUCGAGGCGGCGUUCGCCGAGGCGCAAACGCAAGUGAUCCAACUCUGCACCGCCGCAUCAAACCAAGAGGCGACCAUCGCCGACCUCCAAGCCGAGCUCCACCACGCGUCCGUGUCACUGGAGGCGGCAUCGACCAAAACCUCUACGGACGACGCCGCUCAUGUGAGCCAGCAAGCGCUGGAAGAGCUGCAAGCGCGGUAUGCUGCCGAUCAGCGACAGUGGCACACCGAGACCGCGCAGCUGGUGGCGAGUGCGGCAAGCGAACGGGAUCGUGUCUCCAGCCGCUGCGCCGAGCUCGAAGCCAGUGCGGGGCUCGUCCGUGCGCAGCUCGCCAUGCACGUGCAGCACUGGCGCCGCCAUCGCAAUGCGAGUCCCAGGAUAGACGCAGCGACGUGA